AUCCCACCCGACCCGUCUUUUCGACCGUCGCUGCAUUUCGCAACUUGCAACUUUUCCCUUUACCUACCGGACCACCCGCCUGUCUUUUUCUCACCACAUCGACGUAAUUCAGUAGCACACCAUGGCCAACAAGAGGAACGAAGACAUUGAGUUGGGCCCCGUCGAGGGUCGGGGUUCGACCGACAAGGACCCUUUCCUGGCCAGGAGGUCAUCUUCGCAGCCAACCCGCCCUCAACAAGUUGGUCCUUUCGGCGGCUACUUCGACAAGAUUGACCACAGCCCCGGUGCCUCGAUUCUCGCCUACUGUCUGUCGUCGAUUUCUAUGACGGUUGUCAACAAAUACGUUGUGUCCGGCAGUGAAUGGAACCUCAACUUCUUCUACCUUGCUGUGCAGUCUCUGGUCUGUACCGCUGCCAUCCUGAUUUGCAAGCAGUUGGGCAUGUUCCAGAACCUCGCUCCUUUCGACUCGACCAAGGCAAAGAAAUGGUUCCCUAUCUCGCUGCUGCUCGUGGGUAUGAUCUACACCAGCACCAAGGCGCUCCAGUUCCUCUCCGUGCCCGUGUACACCAUCUUCAAGAACCUGACCAUCAUUGUCAUCGCCUACGGUGAGGUCCUCUGGUUCGGCGGCAGCGUCACCCCCAUGGCUCUGCUCUCCUUCGGUUUGAUGGUCUUCAGUUCCGUCAUUGCUGCUUGGGCCGAUAUCCAGGCCGCCGUCGAGGGCGUUGGUCACACUGCCGAGGCUACCGAGGCUAUCUCCACCUUGAACGCCGGAUACGCGUGGAUGGGUAUGAACGUGUUCUGCACCGCCGCGUACGUUUUGGGCAUGCGCAAGGUCAUCAAGAAGAUGAACUUCAAGGACUACGACACCAUGUUCUACAACAACCUCCUCACCAUUCCCGUCCUGAUCGUCUUCUCCCUGCUCUUCGAGGACUGGUCCAACGAUAACUUGAUCAAGAACUUCCCCGUCGAGACGCGCAACAGCCUCUUCAUCGGCAUGAUUUACUCCGGUCUCGCUGCCAUCUUCAUCUCGUACUGCUCGGCCUGGUGCAUUCGCGUCACCUCCUCGACCACCUACUCCAUGGUUGGCGCCCUCAACAAGCUUCCCAUCGCCGUCAGCGGUCUCAUCUUCUUCGACGCCCCCGUCACUUUUGGCAGUGUCACCGCCAUCUUUGUUGGCUUCGUCUCCGGUCUCGUUUUCGCUUGGUCCAAGACUCGCCAAAAGGUCUCCCAGAUCCUGCCCACCGCUCAGCCUACCAUGAGCGCUAGCGCGGCCAGCAACAGGGAUGCGGCUAAUGCUUAAUUUUACGAAUCGGUGCAACGAUGAGUAUAGAUGUGCUGAGCGAAGCGCGUUGCAGCCUCGUGGCGGGGAAUCUGACAGGCUGUUCAAGCCCGAGUUUUGCGUGGAUGCAGCACUGAUGGUGUUUUGCCCGCUCGGCCUCGGCUCCUCCCCCCCUUCCCGCCUUUCCCAGGCGCUGGACAAGAAAUGGGCUUCGUUGCAGAGGGGAAAUAACU